GAUAUAACUUGGCAAGAUGAACACUCAGCCCCUUUCUCCUGGGAAACGAAGAGUCAGAUGGAAUUCAGUGUUGCAUCUUUAUCUAUACAAGAACAAGGUUCACAAAAUGAACAGAGGCAACUAGUCAAAGCAGCUCCCGCUGUGCAGGCCCCCAAAUCUUCUCAGGGUAAUAAGGCACCUAGCUCCGAUGGGCUAAUGCCAGCGAGGAAGGAAGAGGAAUCAUCUUUCUGGAAGAUAAAUGCAGAGCGCUCAAAGGUUGAAGGUGAACAGGCUGAAUUCCAGUCCUUGACCCCCAGCCAGAUCAAGUCCAUGGAGAAAGGAGAGAAAUCCCUUCCAACAUAUUACAGGCAAGAUUCUGCUCCAAGAGAGACAACUAGAGCUGAGAAGUCAAGCAUAGCUAAACAAGAAAAGUCUGUCAACCCAAGCCUUCCUGUCGCAUCCCUAGAAUGGGAGAAGCCUCGACCCAGACAGCCGUCUGCUAGCACUCUAGAUGACCUCUUUCCUCCUGAACAACCAGCAUCUGCAGGGUCAAAAAAUGAAGAUGCUGAUGGCACAAUGCUUUCAGACCCACAAACCUUUGGACAGAUUAAUACCAGCAAUGUUAUCUUGAAGACUGGAUUUGAUUUUCUAGAUAACUGGUAAAGAUACCUCAGAAUAGUUCAGAUCAAUUUUGGGAAGAAAAAGGGACAUCUUUCUCAGUGUAUGUUAAGUUACUAACUAGCAUCUGUGUAUUUAAAAAAAAGUUUCAAACUCAAAGUUGGGCUUUGUAUAAACAUUUUUGUAAGACCAGCUGCAUUUUUGUAUUUUAAAAAUGAUCCAGUGAUAGAAAUGUGGUCUCACUUUGGGUUUUUUCAAAUGUCUGUUACAAGUUGAAUAGUUAUUUUAUUGAGGGACUAAUUUUCUACCAAUUUGUGUAUUAAGGAUAGAUAAACCUAAUCAAAACCUCUCAUUCAAAUGAAUGACUCUACCAAGAACAGGUUUCUAUUUUCAGUAGCAGCAUAGCCAACAAGGCUAAGCAACCUGAUAGGUCACUACAAAAAUCAAAUGGAGUAUUGCUCUAAAUAAGCUACCAAAACACUGUCCUGCGUGCUUCAGUUAACUGAUGGGGGGAAAAAAAAACCAUGGAAAAAAUAAGCAUAUUAAAAAUUAUAUUAACUUUGUAUAUUUUGUAUUUAGUCAGUAAUUUCUCUACGUCUGUUUUGAGAAAGUAUAAGGGUUUUGCCCCAAGAAUUGAUCUAAAGCAGUGUUUCUCAAAGUGGGUUGCGGGCCUGUGCCACUUUGUUUAUCUAAAGUGUCCGUAGCCAUGGAGCCUCACAGUUCUCCUUGGCUACGGUUUACCGUUUCCAGCCAACAGGAGCUGCAGAAACUGAUCUAAAGUAGCAUUGCAGCUGUACCCCAGAAAUGGAAUAAAGUCAGUUUUCUGUGGGGGAAAAAAAAUAUUUUCCUCCAAACAUGCAAUGCAUAGGGGAAUACUACUUGUUUUGGGUUAGACUGAAAAACACAGUCUUGGGAAAUGCAUACCUACAGUGGUCACUGAUUUCCUUAUAUAUUGUGCUAACUCCUGCAAGCUGACGUGUUGGAAUGAAAUACUUAUCUCCAGAAGUAUAAAUCACCACCUAAGUGAGUUACAGUAAACUGAUAUGCUUUGCCACAAGUUAUAGCAAUAAGAUUUUUAUGUUUAAAACUGCUAUUCCUCGAGUACAAGUCAACUUAGUUUCUGGUGCUCUUUCUCCCCUUGUGCAUACAUUCUCUGGUGUGCAACAUGAGACAAAUAGACUUUUGGAAGGGUACGUGGCAAGCUGGUGUUCAGUAUAGAAAACAGAAUAAAGCUAUCUUUGAACUGCCAUCUCUGAAAUGCACCAUAAUUUACACACUGACUCUCACUGUGUUUACCUUGCCUUGAAGCCUUAAUUCCCCUUACGCACAACAGUGAAUGGUUUCUCUGAUGCCAAAGGCUUAUGACCUUUCACUUUUACCUCAGUAAUUUGGUUCAGAGAAUAUUUCUUUUGGGGUAGCUGGCAAAAUCUACAACUCAUUUUAGUCAGUCAAUGCGAAAGCUAUAUCAAGGCCAACUGAUGGAUAGUCUCUACCAGCUAGAUCAUAAGGCCAAGGCCUCUCUUGGGCUGACAUUUGAUAGUUUGCAAUCUUUAACAGUAGCAGUUGAACCAGCACAUUUCAGACUUUCUGCAGAAUGUUUUCCUAAUAUUCAAGGAUUUUUAAAAAAAAAAAAAAAAAAACCCUUCCAAAUCUUCCGGUAUCUAGUCUGUAAACUGCUGUAUUGCUGCAUUGUUUGCUUUGUAGACAGACACAUGUUGGUAUCAAUAGCAGUAAAUAAUGCAGCCUAAUGUCAAAAUAUAGCCUUGGUCAAAACAAGUACCCACUUCUAGUAAUAAAAAUAAUGCAGAUGGCUAGUAAGAAAGAACUUGAGGAAAUGUCAUUCAGUUUUGUUUGAGGUAAAUUGCUACACAUACUUAGAUUAAGUGUAUUUAGUAGCCUAGUCUAUAAGUAUUUCAGAAGUUUCUUUACUUUCAUUCCUCCCAGAUGCCUCUCCCUAUCCACCCCACCCAAAAAGUUAUAAAAUGGGGUUUGUAUUAGUACGCUUCAGUUCAGGACAAGUUUUCUCCUUUCAAGUUUUUUGCCUGGAUUAUAUGUACAACUUUAGCUGUUCAGUUUAAUAUUUCUAAAAUGUCUCUUGAAGCUGUUACUCAUCUGACACUAAAAUUGUGACUUGAGCACAAAUUCUAUAGAUGUAGAACAGUCCUCUACAUAAAGUGCAAAUCUGCACUAAAUCCUUGGAUUUUUU